CAUUAUGGUGGCUGGGCCAAAAUUAGCGUUGAAAUAAAUGGCAAAAAGUUUGCGAGUACGGAACCCACUCUAUUCUUUAUUGUCAUGUAGUUUUCUGAGAGAAAGAGUCCAACAAGAAGAUAUGUUAUAGCUUCAAAAACAGUGUCAUGUUGAUCAUUCUUUGAAGCCAGAUUAAGAUGUCUGUGUCAUUGUCAUCAGAGAUAGGACAUAUCCAAUCCCAUGAUGAAGCCAGCGCAUCUACAACUGUUGGGUAUAGGAACCAGUUUAACGCAUAUAGCAGCGUGAGCGAGAUUGAGGAAGAGAGUAGUAGUACAAGCGAGAUCAUUGAGGUCAACGAUCAUGGACUGGUACGCAUGGAAACGAUCAAAGAAGAGUCGUUUGAGGCAGGUAGUUUGUAUUCGUUGGAUCUUCAGAGCUUGGAAGAUAGCGUGUAUGUGGGUGUGGGGAAGAGCGAGUCAAGCAUGGAAGCUCUAGUUUGGACGUUAAAGCACGCUGUUACCUCUCCCUCCACCAUGGUCUAUCUCGUUCAUGUCUUCCCUGAGAUACUGUACAUACCCAGUCCAUUAGGAAAGAUUCCAAAGAACCAAGUGAGUCCAGAGCAGGUGCAGAGUUACAUGGACCAAGAAAGAAACAAGAGGAGAGAACUACUCCAAAAAUUUCUAAAUGCAUGCUCCUCUUCCAAGGUUAAGGUAGAUACCAUUCUUAUUGAGAGUGAGAUGGUUUCAAAGGCAAUCCUGGACCUCAUUCCUAUUGUCAACAUAAGAAAGCUGGUGUUAGGAACCACUAAAUCCAGCCUAAGGAGAUUGAAGUUUAGAAAAGGGAAUGGGAUAGCUGAUCAAGUGCUUAAGAGUGCACCAGUAAGUUGUGAAGUAAAGAUCAUUUGUGAAGGAAAGGAAGUGAUUGACCUAAUGAGUGAAUCACCAACACCAUCACCGCGUGCGCGAGGCAAUGAUGAGAUCAAUCCCAAGCCUACACAAAAGUCUCCAGUUCAACGCAGCAUUUCAAAAAAAUUUCAACGCACUGAUUCCUUUAAAUGGUUGUUGUGCUUUAGACCCAAGGAGUAACUGGUUUCCCAAUAUUUGUAACGAAACACUUACAGAACUGGAACAGAGUUGUAUAGAAUCAGAAUGAAUGUCUGAUGGUUGAAAGUUAAGUUAUACUCACCACACUCCAUUUGAUUUUGAAAUCCUCUUUUCACAGGGAAUUCCCAAUUGCCCAUUAAUUGAUUUAAUUCCA